AUGAGUUUAUAUCUAAAUAAGAGACAUCUCAGAUAUCAUGUGAGAGAGUCAGAGUGCUCAUCGGAUUUUUCUUUUGACGACCUCUACAAAAAAGUUAACGACGUUUUUAAUUUCUAUUCCUUCAGUGACACAGAAUCAAAAGAAGAGAAACGAAGAUGUGUUAUAGAUGUCACAGAAGGAAGGAUAUUUAAAAAAAGAAAAGCACAAAAAUUUGUGAAUCGAUUAAAAAGGUCUACACAUCUAUGCAACAUAAAAUCCAACGUUCAAGAUAUUAGAGUGGUAGAUGGGUUUAAAAAAUAUGAUAAAAAUGAAGAAAAAAAAUAUAUUUGUUUUGACGACAAAAAUUGUAAGCAUGAUAGAAUAUACACAUUUGUAAAUUAUGAAUACAUAAAAAUUUUGAAAAAGGCAAAAGAAUUUAAAGGUUGUGCUAUAUCCUUUUUAAGGAGCUCAAAAAUAGAUAGAACAAAGGUAGUAGAUGAUUUGUAUUAUAAUGGAGAGGUAUCACAUGAAAGGGAUGUAGAAAAAAAGAAAAAUGAUAGUCAUGAUAAUUACCAUAAUAAUUAUCAUAAUAAUUAUCAUAGUGAUCAUUUUGAUGAGAAUAAAAAAUUGAAAAAACUGCUAGAAAAAUUCCAUAAAGAAAAAAUACCAUCAUGUAGUUCUAAAGAAUAUUUUACAAAGAUUAUAAAAGAAUAUACAUUAUAUAAGAAAAAAUACAAAAUAAUUAAUUUAGUAUAUGUAAAAGAAGAUAAUCAAUGGAGUUGUCCAAAAAUUAAUAAUAAUAAAAAAAAACAAAGUAAUUCAAUAAAAAGAAAAAUACAAAAAAUAUAUUUAUAUCCAAAGGAAACAUUCUUUAAUCCUUUCUUUAAUAAUUUUAUAACAUAUGAAAAUGGAAUUAAAUUAGAAAGAUAUCUAACUAAAAAUUUGUGUCAUAGAAAUAUUAUUUUGAUGGAUUCAUUUUUUGUAUUACAUAAUUAUAUUGUUACAAUGUAUUCUUUUGGAGGUUAUCCUUUAAUGAGGUGGUGUAAAGAAAAAGAAAAAUUUGUCUUACCAAAUGAAGAAAGAAAAAAAAAAAAAAAAAAAAUUAUGAAUAUACCUGAUGAGUUAAUAGAACAAUAUGGAAAGGAUCCCUAUGUAUUAAAAGAUCACAUGAAUUGUAAUGAUUUUAUAAAUAAUAUUAAUAAUAUGAAUAAUAUGAAUAAUAUGAAUAAUAUAAACGAAUCAGAUAUUCUUUUUAAUAAUAUAGAAUAUGUAAACAAGACCAAUGACCAAGAACAAAACAUAUUUGAAUCAUAUGAUAAAAGGAAGGUUUCAAGGAAUUAUUUUCAUGCUAUAGGUGACAACGAAAGUUAUUUAAAUGUUCAAUCGGUUUUUCCACACAUUAUUGAUAAAAAUUAUUAUAAUGGAAUACCUCAAGGUAUAAUCACAAAUAUAAGAGAGACAAGGAAGAAUGAAAUGUAUGAUAUAGAAAAAAUGAAUAGAGAUAUAAAAAAAUUAAAAAGAAAAUUAAAGGAUAUAAAAGAGAAAAAAAUGGAAAAAAUGGAAAAAAUGAAAAAAAUGAAAAAAUUGAAAAAAAUGGAAAAAAUGGAAAAAAUGAAAAAAAUGGAAAAAAUGAAAAAAUUGAAAAAAAUGGAAAAAAUGAAAAAAUUGAAAAAAAUGAAAAAAUUGAAAAAAAUGAAAAAAAUGAAAAAAUUGAAAAAAAUGGAAAAAACAAAACAAUUUGCUUAUGUAUAUCCUGAAUAUCUCGUAGCUGAAAUAUUAAGACAAUUAUUAAAUGUGUGUUUAUAUUUAUAUAAAAAUAACAUAUUUCAUAGUGAUAUAAAACCAUCAAAUAUCGUUAUAAAGAAUGUUCAUAAGAAACAUAUGGAUAUAAUACGUUAUAGUAAAAGAAAUAAUAUGUGGUAUAUAUAUAAAAGAGGAGAAAUAAUAAAAAGGAAAAUAUGUAUAAAAUUAAUUGAUUUUGAAUAUUGUCAAAUAAUAAAUAAUAAAAAUGGAUUUGUUAUGUCAGGUGGAACAACAUCAUUAUUUAAACCUUUAGAAGAUUUUAAAAAUAAAAAAAUUUAUGCUUUAUCUAAAUUAGUAUGGAUAAUAGGUAUAACUAUUUUUAUAUUAUUAACAGGUACUCAUCCAUUUACUAAAAUAAAUAAUGAUGUUCAUAUUUAUUAUCUUCUAUCUAAAAAUAAGAAAUUCUAUAUAAAAAAAAAAUUAAACAAAUAUAAUUAUCUAUCUCAAUCAUGUAAAGAUUUAUUAAAAAAAAUGUUAACAUUAAAUUAUCAAAACAGAAUAUCAUUCAUUCGGAUAUUUAAUAACUCAUUUACUCUUUUUGGAUAA